CACUGGCUGCUAAGCUGGAGAUCAGCAGAGAUCACUGUGCCUUAUUGUGACCCUAAUCUGUAUAAUGACAUUAAGGCUGCUAAAAUCCAUUGCAACUAUAGUGGCACUGCCUUCACCCGGGUGGCACGUUCCAACGAAGCAGGGACAACAAGAACGCUCCUCUCUGCGAGAUAUGAUUCAACAAAAGUUCAAGCAAGAGAUGUUUGCUAAACCUCAAGAAGAAAUGUUGACUAUUCAAGCUAAAAAUACCACGUUGCAUCGGAAUGGUCAAAACUUGAGACCAGCUGCUAAAAAGGGCCGCAACUCCAAGACACCGGGCCAUGAAAGGGAGGCAGCGGGUCACCUUGUGACCUCCUUGCCUACCGAGGAAGGCUUGCCACAGCUGGACUUGUUAGCUCUCAAGUCUCCGAAGCCUGACGUAGAAAACCAGACUGAGAUUCAAGCCCUCAGACGACCCCUGAAACUUGCCCCGCUGGAGCUGCCAGAGAAGGUGAAGGAGGCUCAGAAGGAAAAGCUUAAGUUUAUCCACCAAGAACCCAACCCAGCCUCUUGUAAGCUGGAUGGGACCCAUACGAGGAAGGCAAAAUCAUGCAUGAGGCAAAGACUGGUAAAAGCAGAGGCAUUUCCUUCUGCUUCCAUUGCACCAGUCAAAGCCCAGCAGCAAAAUCAAUCAGCAAGGCCACAGCUGACGCGUGCCAACCCCAUAGAGCAGAAUGGACACAAGCAUCUGGAGGAUGUGGUGUGUCGAGGUACCCCAGCUCCUCUGUGCAGCAAACCUAACCCUCCCUCAUUUUUCCCUCAAAUUAAAGCUCAGGCUGCAUGUGGCAGAGAGGCGGCGUGCCACAUCCCUGGCAACUUCCAGGAGGAGACAGGUUGGAGGCGGCUAAGGCUGCCUAGAGCACAAUGCCUAGAAGAGGAUCAGUGCAAUUCAAACACGUCAACACUAGGAUUAUCAGCAGAUGAGCGCAAGCUGGUCCAAGGUGUCCAAGGCAAAGGGCAGCGGGGAGAGAGGCUUCUUCGAGGACAGCCACAUGUUGGGAAAGGCAUCAAACAGCCGCCUGCACCUGCAGCCUCCUGGGAGAAUGGAAGUGCCAGGAAGAGCCACGAGGAGGAUGGUAGUAAGCAAGCUGCACUCUGAACCGACAGUCAGCUGAAGGUGGAAGCAGAGAACAGGAACUUGAUAGUCUGAAGCCAAGUGCUGCUAACUGUAGAUUAAUGAGGAAAAAAGCCUUGAUCACAAAGCAUAACAAUGCAGUCCCUCUGGAAUGUCUCUAAUAAAAUAGGAUGAUGUCAUCAUAAAGCACACACAUGCAGAGGACUGGUAUAGACCGGAAUGUACUCCAACUGGAAACCUGAUUUCUAGUAUUUUAAGCAGGAAUGUACAACAUAAUGAUUACUCUUCGGCAGUGCUUAUUUAUUUAUUUUUUAUUAACUCAAAUGUCUCCAGGGUGAAAAUAGCUCCUUAUGAAAUCUCGGGGGUGUAUUGUACAUGCUGUUGGCACAAAGACCCGGAUCAAGAUUUUUUUGUGGCCCAAAAACAGAAAAUGCAAUGAAAAAAACCUGGUUUAUGAUCAGAUGUGUAGAUAGGUCGGGAGCGCAUUUGUUUUGUUAAAUUAUCAUUCUUUCUGAUUUGUUAAAGCAAUUCUGCUUUUCUAAGCAGAAUUAAUUCGACCUAUAGGCAGCUACAGGAGUUUCUGAAUGCCAGCUGAGUUUUUUGUUGUUGUUCGAUCACACUCCUCCAUCCUGGAAGUGCUUUAAUGUGGCUUUUGGAAACGAGCCAGGCAGGUAACAUUAGAGAUGUAACUCACCCCAAAGUAUGAACCCGUGAUCUCACUGUCAUUACUGCCAUUAUAUACUGUCUGCUUUAUUCAUUAAAUUAUCUUUGGUAACUAAGUGCUAUGUUUGCUCUAGAAAUAAAAAGGAGACUGUGGAUCCAAAACUUCUUUCCACUGCCCCCAAGUGGUCAGAAACAGCAGUUACUGAAAGAUUUACUGCAGUGAAAAUCUGCUGCUUGGAGUCAGCGUCUUAUAAACACCAAAGGAAAAGCUUCAAAAGCUUUUUCAGGGUUAUAGUCUAUGCCAACUGUGACCUCUGGCCAGGAAUAAACAAUAAAAGCCACUAAACAAGAAAAGUAAAACUUUUCAAGCCAAACCUGCAACAAAAUCAAUGAUAUAACUGUUUGCAGUGUUUUUCCACUCAUUAAAAAUCUGCAUAUGCAGUGCUGUCUCUUGUGGACCCCACUACUAAGAAAAAACAAAGCACAAACAACAACAUGUUUGUAUAUUAAGAAGUUAACCUCUCUAGUAAAGAACCUUCUACACAUCACACCAGACUUUCUAGUAAAAGUCCUUGUUUCAGUGCGAUCUUCAGCAUGUUUUGGUUUCUUUCACUUCCGCAGCUAUUACGUUUUAUUGCUAUUUCUCUUGUUUUAUUGAACAUCCAUUGUGUUCUGUUUGUCUUUGCACCAUUUUUCUAUUUGCCAGUUUUUCUUAAGCUGCAGUGUGUUUGACCUCUGAGGGCAGUCUAAGUACAACACUACACAAGUCAACAAUGACAAGAACUAAUUUCACAGACUCUACUGAAGGGCGGCCCUCAAGAGUGAUACCCUGGAACAGUAAGAAGUUUUAUGGUACAGAAAGUAGCUGUCUUUGUCAUUCAGGUUCAGUGGCAGAUGCCAUUGAGGUGUUUUGAAACCAGUGUGGCUCACAGACGGACUGAAAACGACUCUCAGCUCUCUGAAACUGUGACCCCUGUAAACACUGCUAGUGAUUUUAUAGCCCUAGUUGCGGGUUUCAGGUCAUACUGAUUAAAUAAUUAAUUUCUGAAAGGGAGAUUUGUCUCCAAAGCGCUUGCUGAUGGGGCAUCAUGGAGAUUAUUCUGGUUUUCUCUGUUUUCUUUGUAAUAUUGUAGGAUCUUUAUCUUACAAUGUAAAGCACACUGAGGCAACUGUUGUUGUGAUUUGGUGCUAAAUAAAUAAAAUUUAAUUGAACUGAAUUGAAUUAUCCCCAGUAUGCUAAUCACAAGUUGUUAGCUGGAGAGCGUUCAGGUUCACAAUCUGAUUCAACAUUUGUUUGGAUUGUAAAACAUGAUCCAUCUUUUAUACUGUCUUUGGUCUGUAUAUAGUCUUGUCUGUGGGAAAAAGCAGGCAGGGACCAGAAAACUGGAAUAAACAUAAGGACAAAACACAUGAUUUGUUCCUUCAUACUUUUGAGUUCUUUUCCACCAAUCAUCUGACUAAAAACUCAGUUAUUCAAGGACUGAGAUGCUCUCUGUUCUGUCAUCAAAAAAUGUCUCUGAACAAGUCUCGACAUCAUGGAGGAGAUUGCCAUCUUUGAGAAUGGACAGAGACGAGUCUGCACCAGGAAAAGCUUGGGCAAAAAGAUGAGCUUUUCAAGGGAGUCAUGAGAAAUAUACAGAGAGCUCAUGUGAACCUCCUAGCUUCAAAAGAUGAGGAGCUGAAGUCGAAGAGAGCCUGGGAUAUUCUAUAAGUGAAUCUAAACUGGAAUGUGGGUAAUUCAACAGAAAACAUGCAUAAAGUGCCGGAGAACUCCAAUACUUUCAUGAUGACAGUAGGACAGCUGUGAGCUCUCACAGACGGGAAGAUGUUACAAAUCUGUGAAUCAUUGGAAUUGGCCUGACAUGUAACAGUGGUUACUGAUGUCCACCUGAUCUGGUCGACAUAAUUUCAGCACAACAGGUCUCCUCUCAAAUGUACGGAAGAUGAUUAGGGCCACCAGAAGAAAAAGUGGGCACGUCUUUUUUUUUCUUUUCCAGAAUUCUGAGAAAAAAAUCUGAAUUCUGAGAUUAAAGUCAUAAUAAUAAAUCCUGCCAGUUAUUUUGAAUCUUUUACCUAAAUAAAUAAGUAAUGUAAUGUGGCAUAAACCAAGCUAUGUUGUUCAGGUCAGCUGGUUUCUCACAGAAAAGACUCAAAACUUUUCUUUUUCCAAAUAAUUACACACAUUUACAAUAAUUUGAUUACACAGCAG